AUGGAGCUUAGAGGGAAUCGGAUUUCUGCAAUAACAACAAACACUUUUUUUGGACUUCAAAACCUGGAGAUCUUGAUCAUUGAAAAUAAUCCACUGAGGCACCUUGAAGCAUCUUCUUUCGCUCAUUUCCCCUCCCUCAGGGUUCUCCAUCUUGGCAAUCUGAUGUUUUCCAACUCUGAGCACUCUGGCAUGCAGGUCCUCAACUUGAGUCUCAUCUUCGGCGGCUUCCCUCGCCAGCUGUCUGACCUCACCAUUACGUCUGCUGUGCGCCCCAUGACUCUGGUCAUCGCUGAUGACAGCGCCCCAGACAUGGGCCUGAAUCUCUCACUCUCAGGCCAGAAGAUUCCAGGCAUGAGUCUCAUGUUUCACAACUUGACCAAACUAGAGAGCUUAAGUCUGUAUCAGUGCUGGUUGGAUUCUUUGGAGGGAGACCUCAGUCUGGAUAUGACCUCUCUGAAGUAUUUCUCCCUAGUUCAAGAAACAGAGAUCAGUUUGACCACAGAUUUCUUUGAGCACCUGACCAGCCUGAAGUUUGCUUUCAUCUAUCAAACACCACUCCGCUGCACCUGUGACGAUGCCUGGUUCCUCUGCUGGGCAAGGAAUCAGCAACAAGCAGAAGUGUUUAUGUUCUCCUAUGAAAAUGAACCACUGAGCUGCAUAUCAGAGGAUGGGCUUCAGGACCUGGACAGCUAUGGCCAGGCCCUCUGCAGUCUGGAUGUGGGGUUUGUGUUCUUUGUCAGCACAUCAUGCUUCCUCCUGCUGUUUAUGUUGGUUGUGCUGCUGCAUCAGCUGGCCAGAGACUACCUGCUGGCCUUCUACUACAUCACGCACGGCUGGUUGAAUGAGGCACUACAUCACCAGAACACCAGAGGGCGCUAUCUCUAUGAUGCCUUUGUAUCUUACAGUGGCAAAGAUGAACGCUGGGUGAUGGAGGAACUCCUGCCCAACCUGGAGCAGAGAGGGCCCCCAUUCCUGCGCCUUUGCCUGCACAGCAGGGACUUUCAGCUGGGAAAGGAUAUUGUGGAGAAUAUAACCGACAGUCUCUACAGAAGCCGCCGCACCCUCUGCCUGGUCAGCCGCCACUUCCUGCGGAGCAACUGGUGCUCCCUGGAGAUGCGACUAGGCACCUACCGGCUGCAGGUGGAGCACAGGGAUGUGCUCAUCCUGGUGUUUCUGGAGAAGAUCCCUUCUAACCUGCUCUCUGCCCACCACAGGCUGGCCCGACUGGUCAAGACCAGGACUUACAUAGACUGGCCUCAAGACCCGGCCCAACAGGAGGUAUUCUGGGACAGACUAUGGAACAAACUAGUGACAGACAAGGCGUUAUGAGUUGCCAUGCACCAUUUUUUUUUUUAUUCUUAACUGUACUUUUUUAAUAUAACCUGAAUGUAACAUAAAGUAGUGCACAAAUGUAAAAGAAUGCUUUCUGAUGUAGAUAUCACAUUAUUUUGAGGAAUUGUAAGGAUAAACAGUCACCACUUUUGAUGGAUGAAUUAAAAAGAG